AAUGCAACAUUAACAGAUAUAAGUCCCAAGUUCGGACCUAUGGUUGGUGGAACGCAACUUACAGUAUAUGGAGAAAAUCUUGGAAUAGGAAAUCGACAUGUUAAAUUUGUUUUAGGUACCAAUGAUUGUCUUGAUGCAAAAGUGAUGCCAGACAUCAGCCUUGAUUCUAUAAGCAAUGCAAGUUUCACUAUUCAGUGCAGAAUUAACAUUGAUCUGAACAAUACAGAAAGAGGCAAUGUUACUUCAGCACAUAUUUCUAUAGAUGGAAAUGCAGUUUUAACUAAUGUGCCAGUGAAGUUUACAUUCCUGCCUAAUCCAGAAAUAGAACAAAUUUCACCAAAGAAAGGAACUGUGAGUGGUGGAACUGGAAUUACAAUUACUGGAAAAAACAUGAACAAUGCUCAUGUUGCAAAAGUAGAAGGAAAUUUUCAAGGUGAAAAAUUGAAGUCAACAUGUGAAAUUCAGUCUCCAACAAAGACUAUUUGUUAGAGCGCCCAAAGCUACAAAGGCUGUGCAAGAUAUGGUUGAAGAGCUGAUAAAAUCCCCCAGGACAAAACGAUCUGACUGUAGUACAUGCAUAGAUAUUACAGUGUACCUUGAUGGCUUUGGAGCAAAUUUCACCUUAACAUACUAUCGAGAUCCAUCCAUACACCCGUUUGAAGAGAAAGAUAAGGUGCAUUUAUUUAGCGACGAAAAUAAAAAACUCACUAUACGUGU